CUCAUAAAACUGGCAGCGGCAGAACUCUGGCAGGCAGGCAGACAGACAGGCCGGGCAUGAGGAAGAAAUGCAUUAAAUAGACCUCAAUUUCAUGGCGAGAAUUCAGUUCAGUGAAGAUUGUGAUUUGAAAAGAACGAAAAAAGAAUCGGUAUUGAAAUUUGCAUUUUGUUUGUUUGGGGGGCAGCAAAAUUUCAAUUGAAUUUCUUUUUUCAAAUUACCAACUUUCUUGUAGUUGUUGUAUUUUUACUCUUUCCUGUAACAACAACACACAUUUGUAUUCGUGUUUAGAAAAUGGUAAAUGUCAGUUCAGCGCGAUACCCAACAAAUCACAUCACAUUUGUGAUUGAAAAUCACCAACCUUUUGCCAAGGAUGGACUGCAUUAACAAUUAAGUCAGUGUUUGUAUUGAAUGUGAGAAUUAAUGUGCAUCCUCCUGGAUACCACAAACGAAAAUUGCACAGUGAAGAGUCCAAGUCCAAGGAAAUUUGUGCCGAAAUAAGAAAGUGAUUAUUACUUGGAGAAAAAAAAUUAAAAUAAGAGUGAAGAAGUAAUUUACAUCCAAAAAGAUAAUACCACAGAAGCAAUGAACCCCAGAGAUAACAGUAACAGCACGCGAGGUUCCAAAUAUGGCGGCAAAUCGUAUGGAUCGUUGGAUGCCAACAGUACCGUUAUAUUGAUCGAAGCUGAUGAGAGUACGCCUCUGUUGGUGGAUCGCAGAUGGGCAUUGCAGGGUAAUGGUGAUGGCAAUAAUAACCAAAAUAUCAACUUCAAUAACAACAACAACAACAACAACAACGAUGGAAAUGGCAAUAAGGACAAGGAUGAUGGCCAACCGGAAAAUGUGUCCUUGUGGUCAUACGGAAGUAAGGAUAGCCAAACUUCCGGCCAUAGCACCAAAUCCUUUCGCAGCCAUUUUUGGGAAUUGAAAGUGUUAAUGUUUGCCCUAUUGCUAAUCUUUGGACUUGGUAUUGCCAUCUAUUUGCUAAUAAUAGAAUCACGUUUUCCAUUAAUAACAUUUUCCUUGGACUUGGUACAUCAUGAUGUCUGGAGUUUGAAACAAUUGCCAAUGGGUCAUAGAUUAAGUUCAAAUGAUGUUGAUAGUGUGGUAAUCACACAAACCGGAAGCCAACGCUGUGAUAAUAUACAUCAAUGCAUACCGCUGUUGCAACAAUUGCAGGAAGAACACUCCCAAAGGGUCCGCGAAGAGUUGCCAUAUAAUUUCCUAAUUGGCAACGAGGGUGUGGCGUUUGAUGUUCGUGGAUGGAAUCAUGAAAGUGGCUUGCAGGAUGUUGAUAAACCUCAUACAUUAGUCAUAGGAUUUAUAGGAAACUUUGAUAAUUCACCACCAUCUCUGGGCCUGCUGCAUACGUUAAGAUGUCUUCUAAUCGAAUCCGUUAAACGUCGUAAACUACAAAAGUCUUAUCAGGUCAUAGGCCUGAGCAAAUUUUGCCCCGACUGUCAUUAUGAUGGUCCCAAAACUAAAUAGUGGCGAAUAAUUUGUAAAUGUCCACACGGUUCCUCAGGAUACACUUUUUACACAGAGUACAAACACAUUUCAUGCAUGUUGUUUUUUAAACAAGUCAUGUUUAAAGGAAUUAAUUUUUAAAUUAUUUUAAGAAAAUAAAAUGGGAAAAAAGAACUGCCAUAUAUGUAAAUCUAAUUUUUGUUAAAAUUUUGAAAAUAAAUUUUUGUUAUAUUAAA